AUGGCCACUGCCACAGAGCACAACGACGCCGUACCCACUCCUGGUAAUACCUUCAAUCCAUCGACCAAUGGCACCAGUCACGUUGACCAUGCUGGUGCAGCAACAAAGGAGAGGAAGCCCUUCGACUAUGGCGGCAACCCUCUGGCCCAUGUCCGCACCAACGACCCCGAACUGCGCCUGGCCGCAUUCGGUGGUGAAUUCCAGCCUGGGCUCUACCGCCCUCCGUCGCGCAAGUUCGCCAACCCAGCUCCCCUGGGCCUGUCGGCUUUCGCCCUGACCACUUUCGUCCUGUCUCUCAUCAACGUCGGCACGCGGAACAUUGAGCAUCCCAACCUUGUUGUCGCCCUCGCGUUUGGCUAUGGUGGCCUGGUCCAGCUUCUCGCCGGCAUGUGGGAAAUGGCUGUUGGAAACACGUUCGGUGCCACCGCCCUCUCGUCCUACGGCGGUUUCUGGAUCUCGUUCGCCAUCAUCCUGACGCCCGGCGGCUUCGAAAUCGUCAGCACGCUCGAAGCCGAGAGCCCGGCGCCCUUCCUCAACUCCUUCGGCCUGUACCUCAUGGGCUGGUUCAUCUUCACCUUCCUGCUGCUCAUCUGCACGCUGCGCUCGACGGUUGCCUUCUUCCUGCUCUUCUUCACCCUGGAUCUGGCCUUCCUGCUGCUCGGGAUCGGCUACCUGGAGGCCGACGCCAACGGGCCCAACUCUGCCUGCAUCAAGGGCGGCGGCUACUUCGGCCUCUUCGCCGCUUUCCUCGCCUGGUACAAUGCCCUGGCUGGUAUUGCCGACAACUCCAACAGCUUCUUCGUCAUCCCCGUCGCGCACUUCCCGUGGAGCGACAAGGCCCGCGAGAUGCGCCAGGCCAAGGCCAACGGCACCGACUCCUCGGCCGCCCACACUGCGUAAGCAGUUCACGUACCCACCAAAACAAAAAAACCACACAAGCUGCUCGCCCGCCCUUGCCCGUUCGGAGGAAGCUCUGGGAUUUGGAAUUGGAUAAUGAUUGCUACUGUAUGUUGCGCGCCGAUCGGAGGAAGUUCCCCCGGCGCUAAAGGGGCACGACGAUUAAGGGGUUCAGUGCACCAAUCGGCGACGGGGGCGGUGCAGCAUUUUCCCGCCGCGCGCCGCCGUCGCCGACGAACUGCUGUAUUUUAUUUUAAUAUCAUUGCUCUUGCUUCUCUCUGCUCUGUCCAAACCCGCUUUCAUUGCAUUUUUGCGACCUUUUUCUGGUCGAUCGCCCGUCGCCGAGCUACCUACCCCGCAAGCCCGUCACCAACCUGGGCACCGCCUUUCUUUGAACAGCACGGCAUGCUUGAAGGCGGUUAACGCGACGAUGGAUCAAGAACAGAUCGGCACAUAGAGCUCCCGCUUCGGACAGCU